AUGUCUAACACACCCACUGGAGCCUCAGCUAGGGUCGAAUCUUCUGACACCCCGACACCCCGACCGUCGAAACGACAACGACAAACCGCGAACGAAGACCACCCCUCGCCGACGCCGUCCAAGUCAGCUCUGAACCCAGAGGGUUCGUCGCCUGCGCAACCACUGCCAGCUUCGAUUCAGGAGACAUUGCCUACACGGUCAACGUCCGGUUUACUUUCACGCUCAGGCGAACAUGAACCCGGCCCAAGUGUGCCUGUGCCUGCCGGUACGAUGCAAGCGCCGCGUUAUUCAAUUAUCAAGGCGAUGCGCAAGAAGGAUGGGACGCUAGCACCUGGCGUAGCCCCGGCGUUCGACGGUCUACUCCGUGUGGCAACCGUCUUGAAAACCCAACCUCCUGAUAUCCCGAAUCUCUAUAACGAAGGUACGAAGUCAAGCACUCGCCUGCCAACGGAAUUCGAUGUGUGGUCCGAAAACGGCCUUCCUCGGCUUAUGGAGGUAGUUCCGGCACACGAAACCCUAAUCGAUGGCGUUUUCGAUUCAGCUAAUGAAUUACUGGCCACUCUUCCUGUACUCAAUUUGCGGAACCAUAUACACCAGAGAUGGUUGAAUCUUGUCCACCCUGCCCUCACUUCUCGCUCUCUACCCCCGGAGAUUCGCAGUGAGCACGACACGGAAGAUUGGCUGUUCUCCGUUUUGAUCAGGCCCGCUAUCGAAGUCAUCAAAGCCAUACAACUAGGAAGAUUCGACUAUGACCAUACCAAUCAUCGAUACCCCAACGUUAUGUCCGGAGAAUCGAAGGAUGCCCGAAGUAUUCCUGAUGGCAUAUUUAUCGGCGCAGACUGGACCAUCAGGGCCACUUUGGAGGCCAAGACGCACAAAGUACUGGCUGCCCCUCAGCCGGAGACAACCUCUACAUUCUACGACAUUUGCGUUAAGGGCGCUCCCAGGCGCAUUGUCCACUUUCACUGGCCAAAGCAAGACGAUGACUGCAGUCGUCUGUCCACUGAGUCUCUGAUCUUGAUACAGGUUUGGCAGCAGAUGCAAGAUAAAAACGUGGACCUCGCUAUCUUAUCAUCGGUGCAAUCAACAUUCUUUCUUGUGAAGGAAGGGGUGAGGUUGUAUGUCUCUCGUGGUUAUCGCGCACAACACAGACCGCUCUUUGCCGUUUUUGCAUUCUUGGCUGUGGCAUUUGGCUUAAUUCCCAGGAAAGUGCUACAGGAUUCACUUCCCGCUGUUGAGCCUUGGAAUAGAAGGUUCACUGCUCGGACGGCUGCAAGGCCCGGCAUUGAUGAGAGAACGAUGCCAUCGCUGUUUGUGCCGCAACUCGCUGUGGAUGACUGA